AUGGCGGCAUCGGCCGCAACGUACAAGGAGCGGCAAUUCCUUGCUGUCAUUGGUGAUGAAGACUCUGUCACUGGUCUUUUGCUCGCAGGCAUCGGGCAUGUCACCCAACCACCAGACUCUCAGAGAAACUUCCUCGUCGUUGAUUCCAAGACCGAGACCUCGGAGAUUGAACGGGCCUUCCAGAACUUCACCCAGGAGAGAAAAGACAUUGCUGUGCUCUUGAUUAACCAGCAUAUCGCAGAGCGCAUCCGCCAUAGCGUCGACGCAUUCGCCGACCCCUUUCCAGCUGUCCUCGAAAUCCCUAGCAAAGACCACCCCUACGACCCGGAGAAGGAUAGUGUCCUCAAGCGUGUCCGCCGUCUGUUUGGAGAGUAG